AUGAUGGACGGUUAUAUACAUGCUGGUCAGGUCCUUCCAGCCCAGACAAUUUUACAGCCAUUGCAACAACCACUUAUAAUGGAUGCAAAUGGUGCAGCUCAGCCCACUACCUUUGCUGUCCAGGCUAGUGAUGGUACUCUAAUACCAGUGCAGUUAGCUACAUCCGCUGGGGGCGGUCAAGUUAUUAUGUUCCUUCCCAGUGCUGCUCAACAGACUUUAUACACCGCUCAGCCUAUAGUGUCUGCUGCUGCCCCUUCUCUGGAUGCUAAUCUCACAUCUGCCCAAGGACAGAUUAUGGGAACAACCACUGAAGAUGAGAGUCAUAUUCUUCAACAAAUACAGCAAUCCUCACAGGUUCAAGUUAUCCAUCAGCCUCAAUCUGGUCUAUCUCAAACUGUUUCCAACACACAGGUUGUUCAGGUUUCCAGCCCUCAGUCAGAAACUACGAUUAACCAGCAACAAACACAAGCACCUGCAACAGUGUCACCAAGUCUUACGCCUGGUGGCGAAGAGCCUCUCUAUGUAAAUGCAAAGCAGUACCACAGGAUUCUGAAACGUCGACAAGCACGAGCCAAGUUAGAGGCACAAGGUCGAAUCCCCAAAGAAAGACGAAAACAGGCGAGGAAUCCCAAACAAAGAUUUUGUCUAAUUGAUAUCAUUAUACAGUGUUGA